CUUCUUUUCCAUGUCUUUGGCAGAUUGCAGAAAACAAUAAAAAACCAUGAAAUUUAACAAUGGGUUCUUUUGUUCCUUUGUUCUUCCCUCCUUUCUUGUUUUGGGAUUCUUCCAAGAAUCCGUACAUGGGCGCCCGUUGCUGAUGUCACCGGCCAGGCCUCGCCCUGAUAACGCGGCGGCCUUCGCUCGGUGGUUGGUUUCUCAAAGUUCUUGGGGUGUCCUCAACACAAUAUCCAGUGACUGGGGAGGUGCGCCAUUUGGGAAUGUGGUCUCAUUCAGCGAUGGCUUACCGGACAAAGGAAAAGGUAUUCCCUACUUCUACCUCACUGCCCUUGAUCCAACAGCGAGUAAUGCUUUGAAAGACCAGAGAUCGUCCUUCACGAUAAGCGAAUAUAACCUUGGGACUUGUGGCAAGAAAGACCCUGAGAACCCCACUUGUGCUAAGAUAACGCUCGUAGGAAAGUUAAAAUUACUUGAGGGAACUUCUAAGGAAGCUGAAUUUGCUCAAACUGCGCUGUUCACGAAGCACCCUGAGAUGAAAGGCUGGCCCAAAAGUCACAAUUUCCAGGUCUUCAAAUUAGAGAUUGAAAAUAUCUUUAUGAUCAAUUGGUUUGGGGGUCCUAAGCCUCUUACAGUGGAACAAUACCUCCAUGCCAAGAUGGAUAAACAAACACUCAUAGCAGAUGCAACUGCUUGAUCACAGUUCAUUCCAUGAUGGUUUCUGAUAUAAUCAACAGAACAAGUGGAUCUCUCUUGCUUCCAUGUGCAUUUGUCGAUAUCAUUAAACCCUCCAGCCAGAUGCUUGGGGAAAUCACACAAAUAACCAAAUUGUAAAUAAAAACCAUUGUCUGUGCAGUCUUUUUUAAUUCAUUCACCCAUUUGAAAUGUAUGAAAAACUGUGCUGUGUAAUUCUUCCUUCAGAUUAAUGUCAUAAAUUUACUGAUUCCAAUAA